CCCUCUAUGAUUAUCCAAGUCUUUUCCAUUUAAACUAGUCCGAUCGUGAUCAACGGUCAAGAUCGUUUCAACUCACGCUCCAAUCACAACCGUACAUCCAUAACCCUCAUCAAACCUCAACCCUCUCCACCAACUCCAAACCCCUCAAAACCAAAACCAGAAUCAUUUUCCCGCCCCCACCACAAAUCUCCACCACCAAUGGCCGACAACAAAAAGCGCCGCCGUACAGAACCAACCGAAGAAAUCCUCCCCUUCAAAAACAAACUCAAACCAGACUCAAUCAUCCUCGAGAUUCUCAAAGAGUUAAAAACCUCAUGCGCAUCUUCCUCCGGAACCAAAACCCCAACCCUAGACGAACUCUCACUCCCCUUCCACUGUCGCGAAGUCGCCGACCUUUCCCUCUCCUCCGUCCAAUCCAACAUCGAGUCCCUCGUUCUCAAGAUCGCUCACUCGAUCCUCGCCGGUAAUGGAUUCGCCUUCGAUGUUCCGUCUCGUUCUUCUGCUAACCAGCUCUAUGUUCCAGAACUGGAUCGUAUUGUUCUUAAGGAUAAGUCGUCUCUUCGUCCUUUUGCUAAUAUAUCCACUGUUCGGAAAACUACUAUUACUGCGAGGAUUAUUCAGCUUAUCCAUCAGCUUUGCCAGAAAGGGAUUCAUGUCACUAAGCGUGAUCUGUUCUAUACUGAUGUUAAGCUUUUCCAGGAUCAGAUGCAAUCUGACACGGUUUUGGAUGAUGUUUCGUGCAUGUUGGGCUGCACACGUUCAAGCCUCAACGUUGUUGCGGCAGAGAAAGGGGUGGUUGUGGGAAGGUUGAUUUUCAGUGACAAUGGAGAUAUGAUUGAUUGCACCAAAAUGGGUAUGGGUGGAAAGGCGAUUCCGCCUAAUAUUGAUCGAGUUGGGGAUAUGCAGAGUGAUGCUCUGUUCAUUCUCUUGGUGGAGAAGGAUGCUGCUUAUAUGAGGUUGGCUGAAGAUAGGUUCUACAAUCGCUUUCCGUGUAUAAUCGUUACGGCAAAGGGGCAACCUGAUGUUUCCACGAGGCUGUUCUUGAGGAAGAUGAAGACUGAGUUGAAGCUUCCUGUGCUGGCACUUGUGGACAGUGAUCCUUAUGGAUUGAAAAUUCUGUCGGUUUAUGGGUGUGGGUCGAAGAACAUGUCCUAUGACAGUUCUCAUCUGACUACCCCUGAUAUAAAAUGGCUAGGGGUUAGGCCUAGUGAUUUAGACAAGUACAAGAUACCAGAGCAGUGCAGGUUGCCCAUGACCGAGCAGGAUAUUAAAACUGGAAAAGACAUGUUGGAGGAGGAUUUUGUCAAGAAGAAUCCUGGUUGGGUUGAGGAAUUGACGUUGAUGGUUAAAACUAAGCAGAAGGCUGAGAUACAGGCUUUGAGCACCUUUGGUUUUCAGUAUCUCUCUGAGGUUUAUUUGCCCUUGAAAUUGCAGCAGCAGGAUUGGCUGUGAGUUAUGUUAUGUUUAAGAAAUGAGGCACUGGUUAUUUCAAUAUGUGUCUCACCAGCUUAAUGAUGUUGUAAUACCAAUAUGCAUUGGAGUGUGGAUGAAUUUCUAACUAUCGUCCAUUGGAAAAUUGCCAUUGAAAUUGCAGCAGCAGGAUUGGCUGUGAGUUAUGUUAUGUUUAAGAAUUGAGGCACUGGUUAUUUCAUUAUGUGUCUCAGCAGUUUAGUGAUGUUGUAAUACCAAUGUACAUUGGAAUGUGGAUAAAAUUCUAAUUAUCAUCCAUUGGAA